AUGCGGAAGGAGAUUGAUUUGGAAAAGGUGAUUGAGCUUCCUGAUAGCCAAAGAAGCGAAUAUGGUGACACAACUUUCCCAAAACAGUUCCUCCCCGAGUUGCAAUCAUGGGAAGAUAUAGCACCCAAUGAUUUAUUUCAGGCGUUUCAAGAAAGCAAUGCGAUUGACGACAAAAGUUCGAUUUACAGUCAUCAUCAAUGCAACGAGCCAAGAAAGAGCGCAGAAAGCGAAAGAGAAAGUGGCUUAAAAGAAAAGCUGGAUCCGCAUCUAGUUACAUUCGAUGACUAUGACAUCAAGCAAAAUCCACGGAAAUGGAAUUACUCGUAUCGAAUGUUUCUUGUGUUUGUCGUUUCCUGUUACACCUUUCUCAGCCCUCUUUCAAGCACAGCAAACGUCCCUGCGCUGGAUGUAUUAAGGCGCGAAUUCAAUGUGAAUUCCUUCGUCAUUGGUAACAUGAUGAUGUCUUCAUCGAUGCUCGCUUUCGUUAUUGCCCCCAGCUUCUAUGCGCCCCUUAGUGAGCGCUACGGACGAAAGUAUAUUUUGCAUGUAUCCAACAUCAUCUUCCUGAUCUUCAAUGUCUUCUGUGGCCUGUCCAAAAACGCAACACAAAUGAUUGUUCUCCGUUUCUUUGCCGGUGCCGCCGGUGUCGCAUCUGUUACCAUUGGGCCUGGUGUUGUCGCAGACCUGUUCGAGCCCGAGGAGCGCGGCGCAGCCAUGUCUUUGUAUACUUUAUCUCCCAUAUUAGGCCCUUGCAUUGGGCCCAUUUAUGCCGGCUGGAUCAUUCAAGCAUAUGGCGAGGAUAAGUGGCCGUGGAUCUUCUGGACUUCGACAAUGAUAGGUGCUGCCAUCACCGUGUUAGGUCUUUUCACGCUUAAAGAAACGUACACGCCAGUGCUGUUAGAACGCAAAGCACAAAAGCUGCGUAAGGAAACUGGGAACGAUGGGUACCACACGAUUUUCACCCUAAAAGAAACACUUGGACAGCGUGUUCUUCAUGGGCUCUUGCGCCCUGUCAUCUUUUACUUUACCCAGCCGGUUAUCUUUGUGGUCUGCACGUAUCAAGCAUUAAUGUUUGGAUGUCAGUACCUCUUGCUUGCAUCCUUUUCUCGCGUGUACAAGGAAGAAUACGGAGAGCCACCUGGCAUUGCGUCUUUGCAUUACAUUGCCAUGGCGGUCGGUUUCCUCGUCACUGGCCAAGUCGGUGGACUCUGGACUGACUGGAACUACCGUCGCUUGAAAACAAAAAAUAACCAUAUCGGCAAACCCGAGUACAAGCUGCCGUUGCUGAUUGUCACUGGUAUCUUUAUGCCAGCAGGGCUGCUCUUGUACGGAUGGACAGUGGAGUACCGCGUACACUGGAUAGUACCAGACAUUGGUAUUUUUAUCUUGGCAUGUGGCCUGCGGGCGACCAUGUUUAUUAGCCCGCUGUAUCUUACAGACUCUGUGACGAUGUAUGCGGCGUCGGCGUCCGCCGCAGCUGUCAUGACCCGCGGCCUUUUCUCGUUCACAUUUCCACUGUUUGCGCCCAAUAUGUACGCAGCCCUAGGACAAGGUUGGGGUAAUAGUAUACUGGCGCUUGCCACAGCGUGCCUGGGGUUGCCCGCUCCAUUUAUUUUGUACAAAUAUGGGGAACAGCUUCGCUUGCGUUCUUCAUACUCCAACCGCGGAAUGGAGCUGAUGACAUAA